AUGCAAACACUAGUAUAUGAGGGGUUGUGUGAAAAUUAUUUUUCUCUUGCUGAACCACAAAGACAUAGAAUCAAAGUGUUUCUUUUGGACACACUGGCUUUCUUUCUUUCUUUUUUUCUUCUGUCUCUUCCAUUUCUUGUGGAUAUUAUGGCUAAUAACACAAGUUUAGGGAGUCCAUGGCCAGAAAACUUUUGGGAGGAUGUUAUAACGUCCUUCACAGUGUCCAUUGCAAUUGUGCUCAUAAUUGCAGGAUUUAUUUGGGCUCUGUUUGUUUGUUUGUCUCGAAGAAGAGCCAGCGCCCCCAUCUCACAGUGGAGUUCGAGCCGGCGAUCGAGGUCUUCUUACAACCAUGGCCUCAACAGAACUGGAUUUUACCGCCACAGUGGCUGUGAACGCCGAAGCAACCUGAGCCUGGCCAGUCUCACCUUCCAGCGACAAGCUUCCCUAGAACAAGCAAAUUCCUUUCCAAGAAAAUCAAGCUUCAGGGCUUCCACUUUCCAUCCCUUUCUGCAAAGUCCCCCACUUCCGGUGGAAACUGACAGUCAGCUGAUGACUCUACCUGCUUCCAGUACGGUUCCCGCCAUCAGCACUUCACACAGUCUGGGCCGUCCUGAUUUCCACUGGUCCAGUCACAGUCUCCGAGUGGGCUUUUCCACACCGCCUCCACCUGCCUAUGAGUCAAUUAUAAAGGCAUUCCCAGAUUCCUGAGAAAAUGGAAGCAAAAAUCUUCUAGUGAAUUUAACCAUCUGGAAGAAUUGUUGCCACCCCUCUCCCCAAGUUAUGGAAGAAUCAAAAUGAACAUCUUGUAAAUACUGUGUAGUGUAUGAAAUGUGAAAUUAAAACAAAAACUGGGGACUUUUUAGGUUGCAUCUGUUUAAUUUGGAAUGUUUAGUUGAUUAUGAAAUAAAAUUAAACUGAUGUCA